GGAUAUAUUGAGCAAUCAAUCUAGUUUAUAAUUUUAAAGGUAUAAUUCCUAUGUACUACGAACUGCGUUGUUGUUUUAUUGUUGUUUAUAGUAGCCAUUGCUUCAAAAUUCAGAGUUUGUACUUUCUUGAUUGUCUUUUUCAGAUGUUACCCUUUAUUCUCCUUGAAGAUGUCAAGUGUCAUGUUGACAUAAUGACAAAUUGAUAUUAACAAGUUAACAAUUUUUCAUUUAACAUCAGACCGACAUUUUUUUACUCUUAAUUGUAAAUCAAUUCAUCCCUUCUGGCGUAACAACCUUGUGACAUUAAUAGGGACAUAGCAACAGGUUAACUGGAUACCUGUAUGUGAUAUAAUUUAAUAUGACAAUGGUCUUUAGUAUUUGUCGCCAAAUAGAGAGAAAAAGACGAGAAAUAGCAAGUAUUGAUAUCUAUAGGCAUUAAGUUAAACACUCAAAAAUCAAGUAUAUAACGGUGUUUCGUAAACUGUAUUUAGAGAAAAAUUGAAGUAAGUUUGAUGAAUUGAAUAUUUUGUCUGGGCUUACGACUUUUGAAUUUUACAUGUUAACAUGCGGAAAGGCAAAACAACAACCACGUGCCUAAGUGAGAAUAAUGAUUUUAAUUGAUGUUUAUGAAAUUGAUGAUAAAAUCCAAUUUAUCAUUUGGCGAAAACUAAAGCAAUAAUACAAAUGACUACGUAAAACGUUACACCAUCAAAGAUGACAGUUUUAACAUGGAGGAUUACUUCUACAAGCUCGGCUUAUAGCUGAUUUUCUGCUUCAUUUAUUAUAGGUAUUUUAGGAAUUUCCUCAUAUUGUUUCAUAAAGAUAUGAAUUCUAAUUAUAAAUGUAUUUCUUAGGGAUAUGGUUUUCUCAUAGCAUUGCAUCUCUUCCUUUUGGACCAUUGUAUGGAAAUUAAAAUAUGUCACCAUUAACCGUUAAAACAACUUAAAUAAGAUUGUCGUUGAAAUAGUUAUUAAGAUACACGUAUUAUUAAUUAUAAUUGCCACCUCAUAUUUUGAGAUAAUUGAUGGAAGUAUUUGAGCUGUGAUUGACGAAGGAGCGAAGCUGGGCCUGAUGAGUAGACAUGUUAGAAAAAGAUGACACAAAACCCCAAAUGAUACGAUUACACUAUAUGAUAACAAACUUCAAAAUAAAAGGAGUAGAUUUCAUUUUGAUGGACAUAAAAAAGGAUCAUUACCUUAUCAGGGCUUAAAAUAAAGAGCCAUACGGACAUAUCUGUAUGGAAAGAGAUUACAGUAUAUGAUUCAGAAAAUUGGAGAUUCAUAGAUCCGAUGGGAUCAAAGGAAAUUGGGAUUGGUACCAUGACAACAAUAUCACGCCCAUAUUUGUAUGACUUGGAUUAUUAUUAUGUAAUACCAUAAGGCAAUGCAUUGAUUAUAAUAAGGAUAUAGUAUUUAAAGAAUAAUCUAUGAAUAAAAUACAUCUAUGGAUACUAUUUCUUUUACAAUCUAAUCCAAAAUGAAUUCAUAAAUGAGGAAAAUACUAUUAUACAUAAAACACAAACCAAAAUUCUAAAUUACUAGAAACAGAAAGUUGAAAACUUUACUCCGAUUUAUAGAGAAAUGAUGAUUUUAACAUGGGCAGAAUGUUAUGUAUCUUACGGGCCCCUGAAGUACAUUCAAGAUUAGGAAGGAUUUAAUAACACAAGGCAGACAUUAAGUGGAUUAAACAUCAAAACUUAAAAUGGUGAUUUCUUAUGGGAUUUGUCAGGAACCUUUGAGACAUCCCACAGGAAAACAUAAGAAUGGGUCAUUAAAGAAACAAAAUGGUUCCAAACGAAGACAUAAAUAUGCCAUUGGGAAGCAGAGAGCAGAUAAACACCCAACUGGAUCAAAACCUUAUAAACACUUGAAACAGAUUGAUAAACACCUCAGUUGCCAUAGCAUUCACAGAGAACACUCCUUUAUGAGCCUAUCGCCACAGGGACAACAUCAUCUGGAUGCUGAAUCUUUUCCUGAUCCUUUCUUCAGAGAUUUUGAAGAUUCACAUCUUAGAAAUUGUAAUCUUAAUGAAUAUCUUUCCAGAGACCCUGACUCAGGAAAUCCUUUAGUAAGACAUUCCACAUUUAAUGCAUCUCAACUUAAAGACUCUAAGAUGAGACUUCAAUCUCAAUAUAGAGAUUCCCAAUUUAGAGACUCUCAAUUUAGAGAUGCCCAAAUAAGAGACACUCAAUUUAGAGAUGCCCGAUUAAGAGACACUCAAUUUAGAGAUGCCCAAAUAAGAUACACUCAAUUUAGAGAUGCCCGAUUAAGAGACACUCAAUUAAGAGAUGCCCAAUUAAGAGACACUCAGCUCAGAAAAACUCAGCUUAGAGACACUCAUUUAAGAGACACUGAAUUUAGGGAUGCCAAAUUAAGAGACACUCAAUCAAGAGACAAUCAGUUUAGAGACACUCAUUUAAGAGACACUCAAUCUAAAGGACUUCAACUAACCAAAACAAAUCAUAAAGAUAUCCAAUAUAGAGAGCCUGAAUUCAGAAACCUCAAAAACUUUAGAUAUUCUCAUAGCCUAGAGAGGCAUGGAAAUAUUACAUAUCACCCAGAUCUUAGAAUGACAGUCUCAAAUUCUGGGCAACAUGUACAAAUAUGUCCCUCAGAACAAUGCUGGGCGUAUCCCCCCAAUGUAUACAAUGAGAAUGGAAUACAGUUGGAGGAUAUCUUAGACCAUUGGGAUCCUGAGACAUCAAGAAUAAGUGGUGCAUUCUCCAAGCAGUUCUGGCUCCAGUAUGAAGAGUACUGCUUCAGCUAUAGGACAAUAAAACAACUGCUCCGAUGUAAGCGAGAAAAUGAUGAUGAAUUUGCCCAGUUCUGCCGAUUAAGAAGAGGCGUUACAAAACAUUCUCUCAAUUCGCUCUUGCUUCAACCAGUACAAAGAAUCCCAGAAUAUGACCACUAUCUGAGUGAUCUCUUAGAUGAGACUGAUCACAAUCACCCCGAUUAUGAGGAACUAAGCAGAGCUGCUACCAAAGUACAAAAUAUGGUGAAGGAGAGAGGAGAUGAGGUGAACUUUGCAGAGAAUGAGUUCAAAGUUGAGAAUGUCCAGGAUCGUUUCCCCAAUGACAACCUUGGCCUUCAGUCAGCCAGGGAGGCUAUUGCCUCACAUGCUCCACCCUCAAAGAGUAGAUCCAUGAGUAGGAGAAAGUCGGCCCCCAGUGCUGUGCUGCUGAAGACACUGAGUGGCAAAAAACACAGUAGUGCUAACUUUGCUAGCAGUCUGAAUUCUUCAAACACAUCCCUACCUGAGACAGUGAGCCCAAGGGGUUUCGGGGGACAUGCCUUGGAUAUCAACAGGACGUAUGUCACAGAGGGACCAGUGCAAUUCACAACGGGUCUGCAGACGCAGGAACGCUACCUCUUUCUUUUCAAUGACCUGCUACUUAUCGCAAAACAAAAAUCCAGUACAGCGUUUAAACUAAAACAUAGGAUUCGAGUACGUGAAAUGUGGACAGCGUCUUGCCUUGACGAAGUUUGCGAAUCCCACAAGACACAUGAUAAGUCCUUUGUGAUUGGCUGGCCAACAACAAACGUCGUGGCGACAUUCUCGACACCAGAGCUCAAAGAAACCUGGGAAAAUAAACUUAAACAACAAAUUGCUGAUGAGAAGGCAAAAGAGGAACCAAAGACCAUCACACUGAAGGUGCUCAAUAAAGAUAUGGACACGUUCCCCUCGCAACGAUCGUUUAUCGUCAGCAAUACAGAUGAGUCGAGGGAAUGCGUCAAGCUUUGUAUGCAACAUUUCGAAAUACAGGAGGGGUCAGAAGACUAUCAACUAUGGGUCGUAUCUGGGAAGGAAGAUUCUCCAUAUCCGCUCAUAGGUCAUGAACACCCAUAUUCCAUUAAGAUGAGCCAUGUGCGCGAUGGCAACAAAAAUGAAGAAGUGACGUCAUCAACUGAUCUUGAUAGCAGUGACAAGAUGGCGCCACAAUGUCAGUUUAUUCUCCGAAAAGCCAAGAAAGCCCCAAUGAAAUUAAGUCUGGAAGACUCGGGAAGUGGAGGAAAGCGGGGAACGAAGAAAAAAGGAAAAUCACCAAAUUUUUUACGAUUAUUUAAAUCGAAGAAGGAUGAAUCCGAGCCUACUUCUCCAGGACCUGCAGGGAAAUUGUUCGAACAUAAGCUGACAGAUGUAUGCAUUGAAGAAUGUCUUCCAAAACCAAUCAUUGAUAUGCUGUUUCAACUUUAUCAUGUCGGCCCCACUACUGAUGGUAUCUUCAGGAAAGGAGCCAAUCAGAGAAAAGUACGAGAAUUACGUGAAAAGCUUGACGUCCAAGAGGAAGUCUCUCUUGAUGAUAUCCCAACACUAGUCAUUGGUGCAUGUUUUAAGGAGUUCUUGAGGACUAUGCCUGAUUGUAUAAUGCAGUCAGAUCUCUACAGUAAAUGGGUCGACACAGUCAAUAUCAAAGAUAACAAGACCAGGGUUACUGCAGUAAAAAGUAUGCUGGAGUUGCUACCAAGAUGCAAUCAAAAACUGCUGAAGUAUUUCACAAGUGUACUUUACAAUAUUCAUGAACACUCAAGUGAAAACCAAAUGACUGCUCACAACUUAGCGAUUUGCAUCGGGCCCAGUAUGCUGUACGCACCAAUGACUGAGAGUCCUGCAGUUCAAACUGAGGCUCUCGGGAAAGUCCCUAUUUGUAUACAGUUUAUGAUUGAGAAUUGUGAAGAUGUUUUCGGUAAAGACGUUUUGACCAUAUUUGGAGAGCCUCUUCUACCGUUACAAAAGACACAGCCUGAUUCAAGCACAGACUCUGACAGUAUACACAGCGUAUUGAGCAUGCAAGAAACACAGGGUUUUGGAAGAGACACGACAUCAUCGAUUGAUAGCUUCCUGGAACGUGAUAUAUGCUACAGCGAACAGGAGGGUAGUCCAAGGAUGACAAAAAAUCAUCUAUCUCCGUCAAAUCUAAGUCGAGAUUCAGGUCUAACUCUUAGUGACAAUCAAUUAUACAGCGAAGAUGGAGAUGAUGUCAUAGACAGUAUGCAUAGAAUGCCUAAACUUACACGGAGCACAACAAAUUUGGAAUUCACUAAAAGUUUGAACAAUAUGGAACGACCGACUCCACCAGUGCCUCCCCCUAGGAGACAUAAACGUCGCGUCUCAGAGCCCCCCGCCCCAGUGGAACAUAAACAUUAUUUGUCCACAGGGGCAGCAGGUACAACACUGAAUACAACAAUGAGUGCAUCACAAUUGCCAAGUAUGACAUCAUCAUUAAAUGACUCUCCAAGAGCAAAAUCAAUGCAUGCUGAAAUGAUGCCUCAUAUGAGAUUAAAAUAUCCCCAAACAAUGGCCAGCCUACAAGUCACAGAAGACACAGAGUCCCCGCAAUACCGAUUCACUGAUUUGAGAAAUCGUAAUAUGGACAUGGGAACAGUGCGUAAAUCUGCAAGUGGUGCUCGGUUAUACCUGGAUGAAACUUUAUUGCAUGACAGUGAUAUUACUCAAUUCACAAAAUCGCGAUCAUUGGAUCGUGAUUCUGGUGUAGGGAGUACCCCUAGUGCUGAUGAAGUGGAGAUGCCUACAUUUUCACCACAGUCUCGUACAUCACAGUUCAGCUCACAAAGUAGUCUCCAGUCAGAUAACUCUUUCGAUUCAACAGGAACAGGAAAUGAUUUGGAACGUCGUAUGUCUGAGCCCCCUACCCCAAGUAGUGGCGAGAACCCUUGGGAGAAAUUGCAACAACAAGAACUAGCAGGACGUCUCAUGGGGUCGACAAAUGUUAAGUUGCCUAAGCAACGAGCCCCCCUGCCUCCAACAAAGAAGGAGGAGGACACUAACCAUAGAUCUUCUUUAACAAUGCAGAUUGAGGCCAGCCCAGAACUUGUGAAAAUGCAUCAACAGCACAUGUUUAGCCCAAUCAGAGAAGACUCAGUCGAAUGCGAUGAUUUACCUCAGAAACCAUUGGCCCCACAAACCCCUAAAGCUAAAAUUCAAACCCCUCAAGUCAAAAUCCAAAAGGUUCAAAUCCAGCAAGUUCCAUCUAUGACAAUACCUGAGCCAACUGCAUCACAUGAUGUCACCCCUGUAAAAGUCACUCUCCGUGAAGUUACCCCAGUUAAAGCUAGUCCCCCUGAAUCUUCAAGUCCUCACACCACAGCCCCUGUUCCAAUGGACACAGAGAGCCACGAUGCUCCACCAAGGCCUCCUAAACCCAACCCCAGUCCUGUCUCUGUACCUGUUCCCACAAGAGUUGUCAUGAGAAGGAAUGAUGGGAGUUAUCGUCGCCGCCCAAGUUCACCUCCUCCCAGUGUACUGCUGCGUAAUCGCAUCAGCGACACCCAGGCAGGACUUCAGUCACGUGGCGCAAUGUUUUUCCAGGGUCAGCACCCCCAAUUUCAGAAACCCCAAUCAGCCCAGAACCCCAAUGUAAAGGCUAUGCCCCACCAUCUGAACUCUGACCAGUACUCUCUUGAGCGAUCCGCAAGUGACACAACCGUGAGAGAGCAAUUUGAGCAGACUCCAACAAGACCAGUGCAACGUCAUCGCUCCAGUGUGACCCCCCAGGAUUACGCCCGGCCAGCAAAACCACCAACAUAUCAAGAGGCUCUACAGCGCAAACAGAUGCUGAGUGAGAUUCCAGUGUUUCGCAUUUCGGAGGAAGAUAAGAUACGACAGAAAAUGAACAGUGCACGGGCAAGUCAGUUGUACGAGCAAUCAAUGCGACAGAUGCAGCAAAUGCAACAGCAGCAGCAAGAGAAUACAAUGAGGCACGUAGAGCCCACACACAAACAAUCUGUGCAGAACUCACAAAUAACAAAGAAUAGAACCCCUGAAUCAAACCAUGGGAAUACCCAAGCAGGCAACAGCAAUAAUCAAAUAAACAAUAUUAGGUGCAGAUCCUCACCGGAGAAAGACAAUAAUAAUACUCUGGAAAAAGAUAAUGUACAUCAUAAAAAUACCUCCAUAAAUGAGGCUAUUGAUAUUUGGGUACCAAGGAAUAGACAUAAAGCAAAACGUACCCCAAGCAUUGAAGAAAGACCUCAGAGGAAACUUAGUACAAAUCUUAAACGUAGUAAAAGUGACUCACAGGAACAUUUACACAAAGUGGGAAAAGUCAACUUAAAAAAACUAGCAUUAUUCAGUGUCAAAAAUAAAGAAAAUCAUCAAAAGGAAUCCCCUAGAUCUGCUACACCAAAAGACGCUUCAAAGUCACGGGCGACCGUUUUGAAAGUAUCGCGCAAUUCUCCACCUCAUUCAAACCUAAAUGUGCCUCAUUCUGUCAGUGUACAAAGAAGUAACAGUGAUUCUAGCUCAAGACAGCAGGACUUAAAUGAUAAAUAUAAACGCCAAAAUGACUCAAAAAUGUUUUACCUGCCAGAAGCAGAUAAAACUGGAAAUGACUCAAGAACAAUGCCCCGUAAAUCUUUGUUAAAACAGUCCCCAUCGAGGGGAUCAUCAGACAAUUUAGCAAUGACCAAAAAGGCACAAUUGAGUUGGAGUGUCGCGAAAUUACGACAGACUUAUGACACUGAUUCUGACUCAGAUUCAAAAGUGUCAUCACAUUUUUUUAAUCCUGAUCGUGAUAUGUCAAAAGCAUAUCGCACGUCUAGAGACAAUCGACAAAGUGGGCCACCCUCAUUUAUUCAGGCCCCACAUCUCUUCCAGGGGCUUCGAAAAUCACCAUCUACCUCAGACUUACCCACUAAGAAAAGUUUCAUCGAAGCAGAUAAUGGACCAGAGUCUUAUGUCUAAAUUACAAACAUAUCAUGUAUGAUAAAUCAUGUGUUCAAAAAUCAUAAGAUGAUUCUAAAAAUAUGUUUUAUAAUAAGUUGAACAUGUGACAGUCUUUGAAACACUGUUUCGUGAUAUCAAGUGGUUUUACAUACUUGUAAUUUCAUUUUAAGUCUCUCAAUAUUAGUAAAAUUAAUGAAAUGUAAAGAUCAUCCUUAAUCAGAUUUUGUGUAACUUAUUUAAAUAUACCAUACAUAACACAUCUAAUGACAAUAAGCAAUUAUUUGAUUAAUACCAUACUUUUAAAUUUUAAGGUGUAUAAUAUACAUAUUAUUUCAUAUAAAUUCUUCUGAAAAUUUUGUAAUUUAGUAUUAAAGUUUUUAUGACAAAAAUCAAAGGAGGUUUUUCAGUGCACCAAUUUAUUGUACACCUUAACAGUGAUUACAACAUCUGAUUGGUCGGCGUAUGAUCACAUGUUAAAUAAUUGUAUCAUUGAGAGUACCUCCUCUGAUUGAGUGUGGUGACAUCUGCUGGUAGUUGUUCAAUAUAUUAUAACUAGCCUUGAAUAUAAAAUACUCAAAAUGCAGUAUCUGUAAUAGUAUAGUGGUUGAAUUUCUACUCAAAAUAAAUGACGCAUUGGCAUUUAAUUGUCCAAGUUACUUCCAUGUAAAUUAUAUAUCUUUUUGAAAUUUAUGUAUUUGAAAUGUUCUUCCUUCAUCCAACUAUGGAGUACCAGUGCUAAAAAUACUGAGAUUAAGAUAUACAUAAAUACUGAUUCUAUACUGAUUUGUCAGAUAGGUCUUUUACCACUGGUACAUCAUAGCUGUCUGUUCUAUUGUGUAUGACAGAAUGUGACGUCUUCCAGUCUGCCUAUAUCUAACUACAUGUACUUUAUAUGCAUGGAGUGCAAGUUUUUUAUUAGAGUGUGCGAUAGGUUUGACUUAUGGGGACUUCCCAUGUCCAAGUUUUAUCCAGAUUUUGAUUGAUUUUGAAUUACACAAAAUGUGUGAAACGAGAUAUAAAUUUUUUUAUUUGACGUGAAAACCAGAUUGUUACUUCAAGAACUUCAAAAGUUCUACCCUGCUGAAAUGUGAUUUGACAAAGAACAUAUAUAAUAUACAAUGUAUGCAUAUAAUUAAACUAUCAUGGAAACAUGUCAUUUUAAUACUUUUUGGGACAUUUGAAGAAUGAUGUUUCACGUAGUCCUUCAAAUAUUUUACGGAAAAUGGUUAAAAACAUCCCUAAUAAUAUCAAGUUUCUUUGCAGAUUUCACCAUUACAAUUAUGACUUAUGUAACCAUAUUGUCCAAAAACAAUUGUUCAUGCAAUUUUCACAAAUUUUGCAUUUCAUAAUUUUAUCAUGUGAUACAAAAAUAUCUCGUAAGACUCUUGAACCAGCAAUUGAUAUAUCAAAUGAAUGUAAAAUUGUACAGUUUAUAUAGCCCAAAGAAAUUGAUUAAUUUGUAAAAUAUUUUUGUAUAAAAUUGAGCUAUGACAAUGAAAUACCUUUACAAACAUAUCUUCAUAAUUAACUGAUAAAACAUGGUCAUGAAAUUAAAGCAUGG